AUGGAAUAUUCAAGAUUAAACGAUUUCUUCGAAUUUGCCUCACAAGCCUUUCCUGCUAGCCUCUUUAUAAGUGCUUCUGAUCGUGGCGUAGGAGCUUUUCUUGGCUGCACACCUGAGGAAAUCACUCUCUCCUCCGACACUUUGAACGAGCUAGUCCUUCGUAUACUAUUCGAAGCAAUCAUGCACUCUUCUCGGGACGAGCGAAGCCACAACGAUAUCAUCAGUAACCUCGGCGACCUCUCACAUUCCCUUUACCAGCUACAUACUUCCGGCCAUCUUCCGAGACACUUUCAUGCUGAUGCAGAGGCACUAAUUCAUGCAGUUGAUCGACUCAUCGAACCUUUCGUUCUGUUUGAGCUAGAUCGAGGCACUAGCACUAGACCAGAAACUCUCCUCUCCCACCUCUUGCUGACUAAGCACACUCUCAGCAGUUCUCAAAUUAUUGAUGACCAAAAGGGUGAUGAUAUAGAGGCGUUUCUUACCACAAAACACAUCAACCACCUCUUGUUCGAAAGUUUCUUUCUUGGACACCACAGCCUCCUACCGUGUCUCCGUACCUUGCUGGCGGCACUAACCGCCCGCCCUGGAUGGAGUCAGCGACUAGUCAGAGAACUCUCUGUACAUCGAAGAAGCUGCCCACACAUGUGUAGAAAACAUACGGCUACUUUGACGGAGGAAUGUAUUGACAUAGAAACGAAAUGCCUCUCCUUUGCGAAAGCACUGUGUCUCGAGGCCCUGCGGUUCACCGUAGCAGGCUGGCCCUUUGGGUGUUUGCGUGAGGCCUUUCGAGAUGGGGAGGAAUUCCUUGCGGGCGACCUAGUCCUCCUCAACGAACCCGCUGUGUUUCACGAUGAAACCAUUUGGUUCAAGGGAUGUCAGAUGCCCGUCACCAACGAACCCUUUCGGCAUACCUUUGCACCGAUGGGGCGGCAUGGGAGACCCAAUGCAAACUACGUCGCCUCUCGUGUGCUGCUCAACUCAAAAGUGUGCUUUUUGCCUAGAGCCUUUCUUUUCCGCCUUCUGCUGGCAACCGCGGCGAAUCUCUUUACCCACUACUCUUUCACACAGGCCGAGAAUGAACCGGAGGAAUUUUUGAAGUUACCUCUUUUCUUGUCACUGGAUUCCUCGCUAAUGCGUUGUGCCACCUUACACCAAAACGAUCAAAUAUGUGCUUCGAAAACCUAA